GUGUAAAGCGGGACACUCUCUCGAUUUCAGUCGGUCGAGAACAGCUCAGCAAGACGGGUGUGAGUGAAAUUUUCAAACCUUUUCAGUCUUCUUUUUAAGAGCUGUUACUAGCAAGACAACGAAAUUUGGGAGAAACUGAAAAAUCGAGACAUCCCCUCUUUACAAACCAAAAUGCCGGCCAGUGCAUCGACGUACGGCGAGUCCGUCGAGUUGACGCGCCACAAUUCACUGGAAGACCAACGAGCCUUGCAAGUGGCCCUGGAAUUAUCCCUGCUCAGUUUCGGCAACAAUAUGGAGCAUCACCACAUGGAUCACUCCGCAUCGCCUAAUCAUCACUACCACACGAUGGAUCAAAUUGCCUCGCUUCACUACGCCGACGAGAUGCGAUUUUUGGCCAAGAAGAGUCAAAACAUGACCGAGUGCGUUCCAGUCCCCAGCUCAGAGCACGUUGCAGAAAUAGUUGGACGACAAGGGUGCAAAAUCAAGGCUCUCAGGGCUAAAACCAACACGUACAUCAAGACACCCGUUCGUGGGGAAGAACCGGUUUUCGUCGUUACUGGACGCAAAGAAGAUGUCGCAGCUGCCAAACGCGAAAUCCUUUCAGCCGCUGAACAUUUUUCACAAAUUAGAGCGUCGAGACGAUCUGGGCUUGUUGGACAAUGCGGUAUCGUUGGUACAACUGGACUCGUUCCUCCACCACCAGUCCCUGGCCAAGUCACUAUCCAGGUUCGUGUACCAUAUCGAGUCGUUGGCUUGGUGGUCGGCCCCAAAGGAGCCACAAUCAAGCGGAUUCAACAGCAAACCAGCACGUACAUAGUCACACCGUCCAGGGAAAAGGAACCCAUCUUCGAAGUGACGGGCAUGCCAGAGAAUGUCGAACAAGCCAAAAGAGAGAUCGAGGCUCAUAUUGCUCUACGCACUGGUCUGGUCAAUGUCGACGGGUCUGGCAACGAGUUGUCGCCCGACAUGAUGCACGAUUUGGCUGCAGGACUCAAUGGAUUGGGAUUGGGAAUGCUUGGAUCAAGUCUCGGAGGCGCCAUGGAUAAUGGAACAUCAGAUUUGAUGGGAUCACUCUACAAGAGUUCGUCUGCUUUACGAUCGGCUUUUACUGGACAUCUUAAUAACGAUGUUUACGGUGUUGCUUCUACUGGAUUGUCCAACUUGCUUGGAGACAACACAUUCGGACUACGUUCCCAGUAUGGCGCUCCAUCUGCCUCAUCAGCAACUGGCAAAAUGGAUUCUGAAUUGCAGACACUCGGCAGUGGAUUGCUCAACAGCUUGUACGAUUCUGAUGAAGGCAUCGGACUGGGAGGAUCGGAUUCGCCCACUUUGAGCCACUCUCUGAUUCAGCCCAACAUCUGGUCGACAGAUUUCGGCACCGGAUUGGUUGGUGGUGGCAGCACUAGUAGCAUCAACACCAACAGCACGGCCAGUGGUACCAGCACCACAUCUGCUGGAGGAGCCAAGAGGAGCAAUAGCUUUGGAUUUCCCACUCCGGAUUCUGAACACCCGCCGGCACGUCGCAUCAGCUCUGAUCCACUGACGGCUAUUGGAUCUACCCUCAACUCUCUAUCUGCCGCCUUCCAGAUCCGUUCCGAUUCAGACUCUGGUGUUCGCGAUUCUUCCGCAUCGGCUUCCGGCUCUGCAUCUCCAGCUGCUUGCUCACCGGUCGGUUCUAGCAGCAAUUCCAGCACGAGGGGAUCGCUCAAACGCGAAUGCAUCAUGUGCUGCGAAGGUGAGAUGGUAGCUGCUCUCGUCCCAUGCGGUCACAAGCUGUUUUGCAUGGAUUGUGCCCAACGUUUGGUGCCCAAAGAGUCGUCGGCUGAAUCUGAUUGUUCCGAAGUCUCUACUAGUGGAGGAGAGUGCCCAGUUUGCCACCAGGCCGUCACUCAAGCCAUCAGGAUCUUCUCGUAAAGCGGAUUUGUUUUUUUUUUCUCGUUUUACAAAGAAGACGGUUGAUGAGAGAUUAGCAAAACAAGAAACAACGAAGCAACCAGCGGAUGUUCACCCCCCCACACCCCUCUAUAAAUUCGUAAGACCUACUUUUUGACACCCCGUACCAUUUUUCUCCCUGUCGCGCUCUAUUAUUCACUCGAUUUUUUGGGGGGUAGUUAAACCAGAAAUUUUUUUUUCUUCUUUCUUUGUCAUCAUGUUUUUUUGAAAAUUCUUUUGGGAACUUGCGCGUUUUGUUAUGCGGAGGUGCACACACACCCAUUUUCCCUCAUUUUUUUCGAAAGUUAACGUCAGAAUUUUUUUGGAUCAAUUGCGCCCCACGUACACAACACACUUACUUUGCAAAAGUGCAGUCGAUCUGAAAGAAAAUCCAAGAGUUGUUUUUAAUCCCACGUUUAUAAAAAAAAAACUUUAUAUACAAAUCAAGCUUAUCACGCAGUUGAAUGAGAAAUUAUACAAAAAUGCUAUCAUUUUGUGUGUCGUGUGUCAAACUACGAUGUCAAAUCGAUAUUUAAAUGUCUCCAUUUGGGUUUGCCGCGAAAAAAGAUUUCCUUAUUUUUUCUUACUUCCCCCAGAAAUCCACUUCCUUUUUGAUAAUCGAUAUUUAAACGUGCGUAAGAGCAAUAGGAUUUCAGUUUUUUUCCUUUUUUUUCCUUAAUGUAUAUUUGGUGGCGAAAAUCUAUUUUUGUUUAGGACAAAAGAAAACGAACAACACGCGCAACAUUUAAAAAAGAAAAAUCCAAGGGCAAUAAUUAAUUUCCGGCGAAAUAACAACUGGGGGGUAAAAUUUACACAGCAAAUUUAAAAAAAAAUUCUCUUUUCCCAAGACACCCUCUAAUGUCGAAAAAUUACGAUUGAGUUAGCUGUGAUACCGAAAGCCACUUGUCUCUCUCUCGACAUCGAUUUAUACUUUUUUUUUCUCUUCACUUUCACCCGUCGAUUUAACAACAAAAGUGCUGCUCAAUUUAACCAAUUAAAACAAAAACAUAAAAAAAAAAAGACAAAAUUAGGUUUUGGCGUUUCACAAAACUUGGUGCCGUUACAGUAUUCGGACAGUUUCUUUGUUUUAUUUUUUUUUCUUUCUUUUCACUUUAUUUUUUCACCCGAUAUAACAAUUCCGUACCUUUUUCUGUGUGUGUUUUUUUCUUUUGUCUUUUUUUGGUCUUUCGAAUUUUUUCUAGACGAUAUUCUCAGUGGAUUAAUAUCAAAAAGAGGAAUUUUUUCGUACACAAGCAAAAACCUUUACCAACAUAGUAAUAAUAGAAAUAAGAAAUUCAAUGCUGCUUAUCACACAUAGUUAUUUAUAAUGAAGCUGUCUGUGUCCCUCGAUUACAGUUGAUUUAAACAAGAGAAAUUCAAUAAAUUGCAUUUUUUUCUUUCUAA